AUGAAGAAAUUGGAAAAUAAUUUUUUCGAUGCUGAAAAAAUCUUAUUUGACAUUGAAAGUGUUAUAGGAAAAGAUUUCAAUCUGAGUACAUUUGAAAUUAUUCCACUUGAAAACAACAGUAAUAUAUCACCAGUCAUUCAAAAUGGAAGAUCACUUGGUCUCGCCUCAUGGUGUAUUAAACCUCUUUUUUGUUACGUGUACCGUCAUAUACUUGAGACUAAGCGAAACUUGUCUCAAGCAACAACAACAUGUAUUUCUCGUUGGCUUUUAGGAGCUCUGGUAUUAAACCCGGACGUGUGUACAUUUUGGAACAUGCGGAGAGAGCUAAUGCAAAAUAAUAAGUUGGAUCCAAUCAGCGAAUUACAUUUUGUAAAUAUAGUAAUUUAUCGUAAAGCUCAAAGUUUUGAAGCUUUUUCAUACAGACGUUGGUUAUUGACAUUAAUGUUGCAUUUUCAUAAAGAAAUUCUUGAUACAGAAUCUCUACUUCGUAAAGAAUAUGAAGUCACCACGAUAGCAGCCACUAAACAUAGAAAUAAUUGGCUUGCUUGGACAUACAGAACAUAUAUUGUUCUGAUAUUCCGUCAAAUCUUUGUUGACAAAUUUUUUAGUUAUUUAUAUGAAGAGUGGGAACAAUCAACAAUAUGGUGCAAUUCUCAUAUUUCUGAUUUUAGUGGAUUUGCGUACAGACAGUUCCUAUUGUGGAAUUUGUUAUUGUAUAAAGCUGGUAACAUAAAGAAAAAUCGAUCGGUAUUAUUAAAACGGCAUCAGAAAAAUAUUUACAAAUUUAUAUCAGUUGCAAACGAUGGAUAUAAAAAAAUGCAAGUUUCUGAUAAGGAAUUUACUAAAGGGUUCUUAGAUCUUUUUAGGAAAAAAAGUAAUAAAAUAUGUUCAGGCAAUGAUUUGGAAAAUUUUUUUAUGAAUCUGUCAUAUUGGACAGAAGAUUGUUUACUAAAUGAAGAGUUAAUAAAUAUUUUUCCAGAUCAUGAAACUCUAUGGUAUCAUAGACGUUUUUUAGUUAUUUGUUUUCUUGCUUUAACAAACAAUAUGAUUAAUUUAUUAUCUGUGAGAAAUACCUGUUUAUUUAAAAACGAAUUUUAUAAUGGAAAUAGUAACUAUACCAGUUUACUCUUGUCAAAUGAUGUUUCCUUAAAAGAUGUUCUUACUACUGCCUUUCGAAUUCGAAAUAGAAAAUUAAUUAGUUUAACCAAAAAUGAUAAAACUUACGUACAUUCUCAUAAACAAAAUUUUUUUCGUUUUUUAAUUCGUCAUCAUAUAAAACCCUAAAGUAUCGAAUUUCCAUGUUUGUAUUCUCUUCUUAAAUAUAAAUUUCAUAUUUUAUAUAUAUGAAUAACUAGCUUUUAUUAGUAGGAAAAAGAAUCUCGUUAUAUCUCCCCACCUCCUCCAAAUAUAUGUAUGUAUAAUUACAAUUUAUUAUUAUUAUUUAAAUAACAGGUACACAAACAAAAAUAAGUUACACCCUUAUUUUUACAAUUAGUUCAUCCAAAUUGAGAUUCUUGAAUUGCAAAAUCUUCUAAAUUCCUAUAAAAAUUUUCAAUCAUUGUCUUUUCUCUCAACGACUCACCAGUUCUCGCUAGAACAUUGGAGGUCAAUAGUAAGAGUUUUUCUUUUCAUUAAUUGCUAAUGUUAAGUUUUUGGAUUAUACUUCAAAAUUAAUAAGUUAAAUUGUGAAAACGGAAUUGUAAAUAUCAAGCCACGUGCAGCGUAACAUACAUGUUUAUAUAUGAAUGUGAACUUCGCUAAAUGAGGGUCGGUCAAUAAUUCCGUAACUUCAGAAAAAAAAACACUAUUUAUUUAAAUAAUUCCAAUUUAUUUUUGAACAUAGGUCUUCUUUACAUCUAUAAAUUUAUUAUAGCGGUGUUCAAGCUUUUUUAUGACCUCUGAAAAGUAAUUUUUAUCUAACUUCUUAAAAUGGUAAUUUAUUGCAGCAACUACCUCUUUGUUGGAUUAAAAUUUUUUACCCGCAAGCCAAAUUUUCGUGUCAGGAAACAAAAAAUAAUCUGGAGAAUAAGGUGGAUAAAGAAGUAUUUCGUAGUAUAAAUUAAAUAAUUUGGCUGGUGCAAUGGGACUCAUUUGAGCUGGAGCAUUAUGGUGAUGGAAAAGAACUUUGUAGGUAAUCGAUUAAUGUUCUACCACUGGAGUCCCGAAAAUUGUAGCCAUGACUUUUCCGGCUGAUCGUAAGGUCUUCGCUUUUUUCGGUGCAUAUUCACUUGACACAGUCCACAUUUUCGUCUGAUUUUUCGUUUCUUGCUUAUAAUAAUGAAUCCUUGUUUCCUCAACAGUAAUUUAGCAUCACAAAAACUCCUUCAGAUUACAUUGAAAUAUGUUGAAACAUUGCUUACGUAUAUUUCAGUGUAGUCCUUCUAUGUGAAUUGGAAAGAAUCGGUAUAUGUUUUAUAUUAAAUUGAAUAAUAACAGUGAUUUCAUUACGUGCUUGUAUCAAUUUAUACCUGUCAUUGGAGGUAAAAGAUUAAACUCAUGUAAUUUUCAUGUGUUUUUAGAUAUUUAUUAACAUAGAGAAGAGAGAGAGAGAGAGAAAAUAUCUUGAUUUUCAAAAGAUAUCAUUUAAAUAAAUUCAAAAGAAAUCAUCUAAAUAUGCUUUACUUUGAUUUUUUAUUGAAAUUAACAAUAUGUACAUAUGCUAUUAUAAUUUGCUUUUUUUUAGUAUAUGAAAUAAACGAUCUACUACAAAUUUUCGCUACUCAUUAAUCUACCAAUUAUCAAACCCCAUAAUUACGUCUAUCUUGUUGUAUAUAAAUUCAUGUGAGAUCAAUAGAAAUGGAAAUAGAAAUUCUCGAACCUCCUACAACAUGUAAGUACCGAAGAUACUGACUCUGUUUUCCUCCCUCCCUUUCUCUCUCUCUGCACACUCUCAUUUAUAUGAUCCAUUAAGUAUAGUCUCUGCUACAAUUACACGUACUUUUAACUAACUCAUACUUAAUUUGUUCACUCAAUUCUCGUUUUCUUUCCUCACUCGUUUGUCGGUAUAUUCUUAACUUACGUUUUCGUUUAUCUAAACUUGACGACGCUCUCCAUGGUUUCAGAGAGCAAGACUUGUCAGUGAUAUUGUUAUGUCAGACUGAACUUUACCUGCGAUGUUACCCGCACCAUGCGAAAUCUUGGAUCUUUAAUAGACGGACCGGCGAGACAUUUACUCUCGGCUAGUUCCUGAGGAAGCAGAUUCCUCUUCUUUAUAUCAAUGGGUAAUAUCAUCAUCGGCUGAAAUUCCCGUUAUAUAACAUUUGUAAAAGGAUAAUCGGUUUUUUACAAUUGAAUAUUUGUCCGCGACUCUAUUAAAUUAUUUGCGCGGAGAGCGUGAGGCACGAAUGCUCCGGCUACAAAGUAAUCUGCCAUGCGUGCAAGUUGCAAUGUUCGCGUGAGAGAGAGUUUAGAUUGGAAAGAACAGGACACAAUAUAAAAAUGAUGCCAACAAUUUAUCAGAACAUAUUUUAUUGCCGAUCCAUUCGUUAAUAAAUAAAAUAAAAGAAAAUACAAAAACAAAAAAGAAAAAACCAAAAUGAUCUACCGACAAUACCACCUCUCCAACGGCGAACAUCUUACGCGAAUGCAUGUCUGCACUGCGGUAAGAUUCCUUCGUCUAAUUUGUAGUAGCGUAGAAUGCACAACCGUGGCAUAAUGGACACGGUUGAUAAGCGAAAGCUAAGGGUGACGACACUCGCGAAAUAUGUGCACGUUUAUGGUGAUAGGAGGAAAGAGAGAGCUCACGCUGUUGCUGCUGUCGCUGUUCCUGCCGUUGCUACCAUUACUCUGCUGCUACAUGGAAACUGUAAACAGGAGAGUGAACAUAAUGUAUAAGCCUUGACGAACUGACAUGACCAUCCCUCCAUCCCUUGCGGGUAUAUAAAUAUGAGUAUCUGAAAAACAGAUAGACAUAUCUCUUUAUUAUUAGAGUCUUGGUCAUUUCUGUUUUCGUUUGUUCUAUAUGGUAUUUACUGUAUAAUGUGAUGAUCAGGAUAUGGAUAGUAUGUCAUAUUCUGUGGCUGCUCCAUCUCUGUAGGAUACUUCAGGUAUCUUGCUCCGUAAGAUACGAAAUAAGUGUAUUAAUCACAUUUUUUACUCUAGUAUGACUAAUAGCAUUUAUUAGUUUCAAAUUAUAUUGGUAGCAUUAAUGGUGUGAAUAUUUUACACUAUAAUCUAAAAGAAUUUCAACAGUUUCCAAAACACAAUAUCUGUCAGCAAAAUGUAGAGGGGUGAAUCCUGGCAAAACUGGAGAAUUAAAGGGAAUAUUGCCAUUUAUAGAUAUACGUAUCAUUCUUUCAUAUAUACUUUCAUACAUUCUUUCAUAUAUUUCUACAGCUUUUACAUGGUUGGCCAUACAUGCAACAUGAAAGUGAGAGAGUCUAAAUUUAUUAGACAGUAUCAAAUUAAGCUAAAAAAAUUUACAAUGAAUCACUACUUUUUAUAAUAAAAUCAUGUUAAAAAGUUUAAAUAAAUUAUUUCAACUUAUCUGUCUUCUGCCGAAAACUUAAUAGUAUUCAAAGAGUUUGAGGAUUUUAUUUACUCUAGGUAUCAGCCAUGUAGUCUGGGCGCUGGUGAUAUUUGACUAUAUUUGAAAGGUCUUCUCGAUAAUUUUAGUUUACUUUUUUUUUUUUUUGGGUCGCUGAAUCGAUUUUUCAAUGUUACCGAGCCGAAUUCCUUUCCAAUUAUUGUUAUAAACAAAUUAAGUUGCAAAAUUGCGUUUAUUUGCGUUUUAAAUCGGAAAAAUUUAAUUUAUUGUAAAUUUGAGCCUAGAUUAUGAUUCUACAGCAAAAAAAAAUAUAUAAAAGUAUAUAACUUUUAAUAAAUUUGUUUUCAUUUACUCGAUAUAAAUACAUUGAUGUUUACCGGACUGUAGCCGUGAAGCGUACAUACACUGCGCACCGCGCCGCUUAAUGAAUUACAGCUUUCUUUCUGUAGUUUUUUUAUAUCGUCUUUUUGGUACUUUUCUCGACUUUUUAUAAUAAUAAAUUAUUAAUUGUGCAACGGUAGUCGAUUCAAUUAAUCGAUCCGUUUUAUUACUCACGUGUUAGUUCGAACGAUUAAGAGAGAGAGAGAGAGAGAGGGCGCGCGAGCGUUUGAAAUGGGCAGUUUAGCCUCAGCUGCUUUCGCGAAUAUACGGCCAAUCCGAUUUGCACUGUGUUUCGCCGUUUCGAUUAAAGUUUCCUGGGACAAUUUUGAUAUGUGCGUGCGUGAGUGGUAAGGAAGCAUUAAAAAGUAGCAAGCAACAGCAGUGUAGCAGCAGCAAAUUGCAGCAGAUUAGAGAGUGAGGUAGCGCAGCUGAUCAAUUGGAGGAGCAUCGACAGUUGAUUUCCUUCAUCAACAAUUACGGCUGAUCACCGUAAUUGCAUCGCAGGGGAGGUGCAGUUCCCAUUAUUAUUGCGUGACAAAAUACGUUCGGAAGUAUUUUAUCAACCGCGAUAUUGAAUCUUUUUGUAUUCGCGCCGAGCGUUAGUUUCGCGGAAGUUUUCGAAUUUUCUCUCUCUUUCUCUCAUCGAAUAUUAAUAAUUGAUUGUAAAUCCUAAUCGUAUGCGUUAGUCUUUCGGCCCA